ACGCAGGUCAAACGGGCGGUGGCCACGGCCGGGUGCUUGCUCUUGGCAUUAGAAUCUGGGGCUGCAUAGGACAUCCGAACAUUCUGAGCUGGCAAUGUCUCAGAGAGGACGCUUCCAUACUUUGGUGACCUGAUCCGUGGGACUCUUCUGCCCUCUUCCCGGAGAGCUACCCUGGGGCUGGGCAUUGUGGCGAGUGUCUUCGUGGUUUCUGUUUGCUAGUUAUAGGCCCACUCGGGCUUCGGUCUCAAGGCUGAGAGGCGAGGGAUCCCCGGAAGGAUCGUGAUGGCCCGGGGUGCACACUGACAUCGGCCCCUAGGGGGUGGCACGCCCUGGGACUGGGCAGCCAGCUGGGGCGCUGCGCAAACUCUGAGCUCUCACUAGGGAAAAGAACCCCGGCAGAGCAGAGACGAAGGCUCGGCUCGGGACCCAAUGCUUGUAACUCGCGCAACGGGACCCCAGUGCAGCUGCCUGGUCCCUCUGUGGUGGGUGCCCCGGUCACCUCUCGCCUAGUGUGGCCAGCGCACAGACCAGCGUGACCCUGGCUCCCGCAGUGCCGCCCGGGGACCCAGCGCUCGCUGGCACCGCCCUCUCGCGCCCUGCCUUUUGCCCACCUUACACCCCUUUCUCUUUUCAGGUGACGGAGCAACCCCCAACUCCCAUGAUGCGGCGCUGAAGAGGCUUCUUCCAUCCCGGGAGCCUCGCGGUGCCUGGGGGGAGGACCGGACCAGGGGCUGUGCCUGGGCUUGCCUGGACUUGUUCAGAGCAGGGCUGCUCCCCUCUGUGACUGCGCAGAUUGGGGGCUUUUGGAGACGUUGCCAGAGUUUGGAAGCCAAGGCCGUGACUACAGGGGCCCUAGGGCUGCGCACCUGCCGCGGAGCUCAGUGCUGGUGGUGAAACCCAAGGUCUCGAACCCGCUAAGCAAGGGCUCUACCAGCUGAAUCCCCGCCCCAGCCCAGUCACUGGACCUUAAGGCGGCCGGUAGGUCAUGGUCAGUUUUCCGUGUAACUGGAGGCUGGAAUCCAAAGCCACCCACCCAACGCUGGCCUAGGUGUUUCUGCGGAAGACUCCGGCUUCCUUCAGGCUUCCUCCAACCAGCUAAGGAGUGUCUGAGUAUCCCUGGAGACGAAAUGCUCCCCCUGUCCCCAGUGUCAGCUCUUCAGGCCUGACCAGCCCCACUGGUUAUUUGGGUUUGGUUGGGGGAAGGUUGCUGUCGUUUCACAUUUGUUUAUUUGGUUUUCAAGGGCAGGAACGGGUGGGGUGGGGUGCACACGCAUGUCAUAGCAUGUGUGUGUGUGGAGGUCAGAGGGCAGUUUGUAGGAGUCAGUUCUCUCCUUCCGUCAUAUGGGCUCUGGGAAUCGAACUCAGGUCAUCAUGCUUGGUUUUAAGUGAUUUUACCCGCUGACCUAUCUUACUGGCUCACUUAUGUUUUUUGUUUUUUCGAGACAGGGUUUCUCUGUGUAGCUUUGGAACCUGUCCUGGAACUCGCUCUGUAGACCAGGCUGGCCUCUGCCUCCCGAGUGCUGGGAUUAAAGGCGUGCGCCACCAACGCCCGGCCCACUUUACUUACGUUUAAUGUGUAUAAGUGUGCUGCCUGAUGCAUGUACACUAUGUGUGUGCCCGGUGCCCUCGGAGGCGGGACAAGGCAUCAGAGUUACAGAUAGUUGUGAGCUGCCUUAUAGGUGCUCAAAAAGCCUGAUCCUGGGUCCUCUGCAAGAGCAGCCAGUGUUCUUAACCACUAAGCCAUCUCUCCAGCCUGUUUUUGUUUUCUUUAGACUCACUAUAUUGCCCAGACUGAUCUCGAACCCCUGAACUCAAAGGAACCUCCUGACUCGAGCCUCCUAGUGGAAGCCUGAAGGAGUUCCUGAACAUCUUCUGGUGGCAUUGUCCCUCCAGCUGAACUGACCAGUGUGUCCUCUGUGCGUGCUGGGACAGGGAAGGCACGAGUGAAGCCGCUGUCCCCCCUGCACUCCCACCCCGUGCCAUGUGCUGUCUUCAGGGUGCCGAGGAGCCUGCUGCACUUGGUGGAGUCUCAGCUUUCUCCCACAGCCUCCCCAUUCCCCUACGUCUUUAUGCUGAUCCCUGGCUCCUUCCUUCGUGCCUGUCCGCGGGUCCCCUCCUCGUGCCUGUCCGCGGGUCCCCCCUUCGUGCCUGCCCGCGGGUCCCCUCCUCGUGCCUGUCCGCGGGUCCCCUCCUCGUGCCUGUCCGCGGGUCCCCCCUUCGUGCCUGCCCGCGGGUCCCCUCUUCGUGCCUGUCCGCGGGUCCCCUCCUCGUGCCUGUCCGCGGGUCUCCCUUUCGUGCCUGUCCGCGGGUUCUCCCCUUCGUGCCUGUCCGCGGCUCCUCCCUUCGUGCCUGUCCGCGGGUUCUCCCCUUCGUGCCUGUCCGCGGGUUCUCCCCUUCGUGCCUGUCCGCGGGUUCUCCCCUUCGUGCCUGUCCGCGGGUUCUCCCCUUCGUGCCUGCCCGAGGUUCUCCCCUUCGUGCCUGUCCGCGGGUCCCCUCCUCGUGCCUGUCCGCGGCUCCUCCCUUCGUGCCUGUCCGCGGGUCCCCCCUUCGUGCCUGUCCGCGGGUCCCCCCUUCGUGCCUGUCCGCGGCUCCUCCCUUCAUGCCUGUCCGCGGUCCUCCCUUCGUGCCUGUCCGCGGGUCCCCCCUUCGUGCCUGUCCGCGGGUCCUCCCUUCGUGCCUGUCCGCGGGUCCCCCCCUCGAGCCUGUCCGCAGAUCCUCAGCCCAGCUGGCCAGCUGUGAGUGCCUCUUUGGCAGUGUCUUAGCUGGUUGUUGUGAGUAAUAGCGAAGGAAGCAAUCAGCAAGUAUACUGCCCUAGAAGUGCUGCACGUUAUUGGGCCGAGAAGCAAGGAAAAGGUGAGAGACGCCCAGACCUUCGAGAGGCGCCCCGACUUUGGAAGCUGGUGGGUAAGAGCUGCUGGGGCAUGCGCGGGCUUUCGCACCCCAGGAGAAGCGUGUUCAGGGGUGUCAAGUGGCAGGGGGAGGCACAGGGGCUGGGCUGUGGGCCACUUCCGGCCGUGAGACGUUUGCGUGUACAGGUAAUAAUUGCUGCGUUUAUGGGGUGUGUAUCUUGCAUGCUUAUCCUCCUAGCUAAGCAGCUGACAUCUGGGGGAAUUCAACUGCACCCCUUGUGAAAGGGUUUUUCCGACUGGGCUUGUUGACUGCGCUUCCACAGGGAGGCCUGAGGAGAGUCUCAGGACCCUCACCUGAGUAUCCGGCCUCAGCCUUAAGUGCACAUGUCCUCAGGGAGGGGCUGGGGAACCCUAGGGGAGCAGGCUGCCAUCUGUGCAGCUACAGAAAAAUCCUCAUCCAUGCUUCCCACAUGCGGCCCGUUGGAGAGACACACCCACACCCCUGUAAGUAACCCCUCAUCUAGAUGCCCAAUAAACCCACCGGUUCUCCAGA